CUAAAAGGUUGGCAGAUUUCAUUUUCAAAAGUGGAUGACAGAAACGUGAAUAACAAGUGGAGCAAGGAAAAGUGAACAAGUGAAAGUUUGUUAUAAGUAGCAGGGAGUAGGUAUAGUAAGAGGAGACUAUUUUUAUGUGAAGUUGUCUAUCUUCUCAUCCCUUACCUUCUUCUGUUUCCCAUCUCUUCUUCUAUUUGUUCUUUCAUAUCAGUUGUUAACCUCUUGUAAUUUCUUUUAGUGAUUGCAAUACUAGUGUUUCCCUUGGUUAUUAUUGAGUAUAUUACAUUGGUGCUUUCAUCCAGAGGUUUCUCAUGGAGGACCAAAGACUCAAGGCUCUCGUCAAUGAGUCAAUUAAAGAGGUGAAAGAGUCCUUUUCCAAGGAUAUUGCAGAUAUUCGCCAUAUGUUACUGGAGGUUUCCGAAAAGCUCGUUUCGGCAGGAUCUCAAACUCGAGAUCCAACAAUGGAUGUUGCUCGUCCUCAUCACGGGAAAGACACUCCUGAAGUUCCCACACUCCUUCAUAGGCCGGCUCCGGUGGAACUAGGACGAUUUUGUGGUGAAAAUCCGGAGGCGUGGAUCUUCCAAGCUGAACGCUACUUUGAUUUUUACGGAAUCGCAGAAACGCACAAGCUAACCUUAGCAUCUUUUUAUCUCGACGGUGAAGCUCUGGAGUGGUACCGAUGGUUAUUCAGGAACAAACAAUUAGUAGAAUGGGAUCAUUUUGCUGAGAAGGCACGAAUUCGUUUCAAGAAAAAGGCGUUUGAAUCAGCAGAGGGACGUUUGGCAAAGCUCCAACAGGUGACUACCGUAUCUGAAUUUCAAGGGAGGUUUGAGGCAAUUGCAAAUGAAACAACCGAUGUCUCUGAUGGGUUAAUGGUACGGCUGUUUAUUUCUGGGCUAAGGGAAGAUAUUAAAAAUUCAGUUAUUGCUCAUGAGCCCAAAUGCUAUAAAGAUGUGCUUAAGCAAGCCCAUAUCCAGGAGCGACGUAUCCAAGCAGAAAAAGGGUCGUUCCGACCCGCUCUAGCAAACAGAGGACCCCCUCUCUUAUCCAAUCCAAUCUCAGCACCACCUCGAAAUUUUAUGACCACAUCUCAUGUUCCAUCCUCUUCUUCCACACAAUUGCAAAAUCGCCAGCCCAUUAAACGUUUAUCACAUGCCGAGAUGCAGAGCCGUCGUGAACGUGGUCUGUGCUACUACUGUGAAGAAAAGUACACAGCAGGGCACAAGUGUAAGGCUCCGCCACAACUAUUGUUACUAACAGAUGGCUCCGAUAUUGAGCCAACAUUGCCGGAGCAGUUUACCUCCGAUGAUUUUUUGGCUGAAGAAUUGCAGUGCUUAGAGAUUCAAGAACACUCUGCCCUUUCAUAUAAUGCAUUAGCCGGAGGAAACCCAACGUCCACUCUUCGAUUCACUGGUCAUAUUAAUGGGCAUGAAGUCCAGGUCUUGCUGGAUGGGGGAAGCACCCAUAAUUUCAUUCAGACUAGAGUGGCUAAAUUUUUGCAACUGCCAAUUAAUACCACUUCCAGUUUUCCAGUGGUGGUGGGUAGCGGACAACGACUAUUAUGCGAUGGUGUGACACCUGCAACUUCCCUCUCGAUACAGGGUUGCGGUCUCACUCUAGAUUUAUACUUAUUACCGAUGCAUAGGGCAGAUGUUGUGCUUGGUGUUUCAUGGCUGUCUACGUUGGGUCGGGUGAUUAAGGAUUAUGGAGCUCGUUUAUUCGAGUUUCAGUUUCAAGGGAAGACCUACUGCUGGCAGGGGGACGCGAUUACAGUUCAACCAGUUCAAUUGCAUAGCCUUCGCAGUUGCUUACUAUUCUUGGAACCUAUGAGGAUGUCUUCCAGAAACCUCAGGGAUUGCCUCCAUCCCGACCACAGGAUCAUGCAAUUCACUUGAACUCCGAGGCUGAACCGGUCAACGUUAAACCGUAUCGCUAUCCC